GACAAGGCUGGGAAAGCCCCAGUAAGACCUGUAAACUUGAAGAUGGAUUGUGCCCUUAGCCUACAGGUCAGGAUGAAUGAUUCAGCCACCAGUGAAAUGAAGAUCUAAGAAUCUUGCUUCCUUGAGCCUGGGUGGAACAUAAAACCUGGAGGGAACAAACGACCUCUGAAUUCUUCCAUACGCAAGACUUUUCUCAUCUUUGUUUCUCCCAAAACACCUGGAACGAGGAAAAUCUCUGCACUGGCCAAGCAGGAGACACAGCAUCUAUGGACUGAAGGGAAUCAGUUGGUGGUUUCUUGAAGCAGGUAGAGAGGGACUUCACACUCUCACUUGGAACCAGAAGUUGAAUUUCUAAGCAUAAUAUGUUUUAGAAGUCAUGGGCUGUGGCACUUCUUCAAAAAAAGGCAACAAAUCUAAGAAAGAGAACACAGACAUAAUAAUGUCCAGUAUCAACUUGGUGACUUCAGCAUCAUUCAUAACGGAACAUUCAAGGGACCUAAUGAUAAAAGCCGCGUUAGUCAUCCAAAAUUGGUACCGGCGGUACAGAGCUCGACUGAGGGUCAGACAGCAUUAUGCCCUCGCCAUCUUCCAGUCUAUUGAAUAUUCUGACGAGCAAGGCCAAAUGCAGCUAUCCAGCUUCUUUUCGUUCAUGUUGGAAAACUACACAAAGACAAAUAAUGAAGAUUCAGCAUUAGUAACUCGAAUUUUUGACAACACCAGGCGGGAAAGCCAAAUCAAGGAUAGAGAUGACUUUUUGGGGUUGAUAGAAGUGCCUGACUCCUAUGAUGGUCCUCGGCUGCAGUUUCCUCUGACGUUUACUGACAUCCAUAUACUUCUUCAGGCCUUCAAGCAACAGCAGAUACUUCAUGCUCACUACGUCUUAGAGGUGCUAUUUGAAGCUAGGAAAGUCCUGAAGCAAAUGCCGAAUUUCUCUCAUGUAAAAACCUUUCCCGCCAAAGAGAUAACAAUAUGUGGUGAUUUGCAUGGGAAACUGGAUGAUCUUAUGCUGAUUUUCUAUAAGAAUGGCCUGCCUUCAGAGAACAAUCCAUACGUUUUCAAUGGUGACUUUGUAGAUCGAGGAAACAAUUCCAUGGAGAUCCUAAUGAUCCUGCUUGUUUGUUUUCUUGUCUACCCCUCUGACCUGCACCUCAAUAGAGGGAACCAUGAAGACUUUAUGAUGAACCUGAGGUAUGGCUUCACAAAAGAAAUUUUACAAAAAUACAAGCUACACGGGAGAAAAAUCUUACAAGUCUUGGAAGAAGUCUAUACCUGGCUCCCAAUCGGUACAAUUAUUGACAACGAAAUCCUGGUCAUACAUGGUGGGAUAUCAGAAUCCACAGACUUGAAUACACUCCACCAGUUACAAAGAAAUAAAAUGAAAUCUGUGUUGAUGCCGCCAGUGUUGGGAAAUCAAGAGACUGGCGAAAAGAGAAAUAAAUCAGCGUCAAAUUAUGUUGAACCAAGGAAGGUUGAACCAGACAAGACUCCUUCUGAAGACUUGACAAAGCAAGAAUGGGAACAAAUAGUUGACAUUCUGUGGAGUGACCCCAGAGGCAAAAAAGGCUGUUAUCCAAACACAAGCCGAGGAGGGGGCUGCUAUUUUGGACCAGAUGUUACCUCUAAGGUUCUUAGUAAAAACCAGUUGAAGAUGCUCAUUAGGUCUCAUGAGUGUAAACCCGACGGGUAUGAAGUCUCUCAUGAUGGAAAGGUCAUUACUGUAUUUUCUGCUUCUAAUUAUUAUGAAGAAGGCAGCAACCGAGGAGCUUACAUCAGACUAAGUUAUGGUACAAUGCCACAAUUUUUCCAGUACCAAGUAACUAGUACAUCAUGCCUGAACCCUCUUCACCAAAGGAUGAAUGCUAUGGAAUCCAGUGCUUUCAAGAUACUAAAGGAAAAAAUGAUUUCACGAAAAACUGAUCUCAUCAACGCUUUCGAGCUCCGUGACCACAGUAGGUCAGGAAGGAUUUCAUUGGCCGAGUGGGCAUUUUCUAUGGAGAACAUUUUGGGGCUGAACUUACCAUGGAGAUCUCUAAGUUCACACCUGGUAACCAUUGAUUCCAGCGGAAGUGUUGACUACAUGUCCAGCUUUGACGAUAUCCGUAUUGAAAAGCCUACGAAAGAUAUGAAGUCCAAUCUAACUGAAACUAUGUACAGAUACCGAUCUGACCUGAAAAUCAUAUUUAAUAUCAUCGACAGUGAUCAAUCAGGUCUGAUCUCCAUGGAUGAAUUUCGGACCAUGUGGAAACUUUUCAAUGCUCAUUACAAAGCUCAUAUAGAUGAUUCCCAAAUUGAUGAGCUUGCCAGCAUAGUGGACUUCAACAAAGAUGGCAACAUCGACUUUAAUGAGUUUUUAAAGGCUUUCUAUGUAGUACAUAAAUAUGAUAAGCCAGGGACCAGUCUUGCUUAAGAUGAACAAAAACUUCUCCCAGCCUCCUUGAAAACAGAUGACCCCAAGUUUCAGUCUUAACAAAGGCCCCUUGAAAUUCGUAGUAGUAGAGAAAAGUAGACCCUAAUUCACACCAUAAGCAGAUGCAUCAUGUGAGUGUUUGCAGUCCUUAGCAAACUGCUAUUGGUAAAACUAUGUUAAAUAACAGUUGAUGAGAUUUACUUCCAGUGUUAGGAUUGCCAGUGAUAAACUGGGUUUGGACCUAGUAUUGGUCUCAAAUGAUACCUAACCAGGAGAUCAAAGAAAUUUAGAAACAUACUGAAAGGAACCCAGAGAUCAGGAGAGAAAACAAUUAGGGGUAAUAACUGUGAGUGGCUGGGGAUGAGGUGAAUACUAAACUAUUAUUGAAAUAAAAUACUUCCAUCAUCAAACUGUAAUUGUUUUUUUGGAGAAUCCAUAACCAGUGAUCUUGAGUAGGUGGGGAACCACCUUGAGGGUCGAGAAACAUAUUAGAAUCUUGUGAGAGAGUGUGAGAACAACAAACCCCCUAUUUUUCUUGUUUGCUGGAAAUACGAAGUCAAUAUAUUCACAUUGAGCCCUAUAAUUAAUAUGGUCUGACAACUUGAUGGAUAAGACAGGGCCUUGGUUAUAUACCCUCUGUAGCUUAUUCUGUUAUUCUUAUUACAUAUCAAACACCUGACUACUUUCCAAGGGUGAGGCUAUAUUUCAUUAAUUUUUUUUAAAGUUUUGGAACUUUGAGAUCAAGAAAUAAUCCAGAUCAUGUUAGCCUCCAUGCUAUGUAUCAGAAAUAAUGAAUAAACUGUAUCAGAUACCUUUGGAAAUGAGUAACUAAACUUGUAGAAAAGCAAAAGAAACCCCUAGGUGCGGGCAAACAAUGUACCUGAAACCAUGGUAAUACUAAUAUCAGACAAGAUAGGUUUUAAUGCUGUGGAUGGAAAAAUGCAACUUUUGCCUUGAAGAAUAAGUGAUAAUUUAUUUAAAUGUAUAUUCAUACCCAGAAACCUAUUUUGCCUCCAAUUCUAUGCUCCAACAUGGUAACCAUUUCAUACUUUUCUUACAGUUACAGAAAAAAGAAAUUUAUACAUCAAAACUCACGACUACAUUGAUGGAAAUAUUGUUUAGGAGAGUUCUAUAGCAAGGUGCUGAAAUCUCCAUCAUAGGCCUCACAUGCUAUCUGAUGACCACUCUAGAGUGGAUUGAUGGAAGUUAGGGGCUUGUUAAGAACACAUCUAAAAUGCUUUUUAUUCAUUCUUUAUUUUUUUUAAAUUGAAAUGCAAUUACAUUCUGUUUCCUCUUUCCUUUGCUCCCUAAAAUCUCCCCCAUCUACACCUCCUCCCCCCCUCCGCUCACUCUCAAAUUCAUGGCAUUAUGUCAAACCUAGAAAUGGGCAAAGAAUGGCUUUUAAAGGGACUGAAAAUAGCCCAAAAUAACUUGAUUUGGUUGGAAACAUUUUAAUUUUCCAUAAUCACAAAAUUAAGACUUUUGGUUUAAUAAAAUCUUUAA